UGAGUAGAUGGAUAUCAGUUCUGGUGAAGAGUCCGAGUUUAGUGAUUCAGAGAUUACCGAAUACAAAGAUAAGCCAUACGAGCAACUGAGGAAUGGAACGCCCAAAGUUAAGUAUCCCGGUGGCAUUUUUAAGUACCCUUUUUGUGCUGGCAAGAAAAAACAGAAUUUCAAAUACAAAGACUUGCAUCAACACGCUUCUGGAGUAAGCAAAGGCUCUUCAAACAGAAGUGCAAAGCAAAAGGCGAACCAUCUUGCUCUAACAUUGUACUUAGAAAAUGAACUGGCAGAUGAGGCUGAAAAGCCGCUGUAAGUAGCAGCGCCAAUCACUGAAGAAAACGAAUUGUUUUGCUGGCCUUGGACUGGAAUUCUGGUCAACAUAGUCAAAGAAUCAGACGGUGCGAAUGAUUUUGAGAACACUGAAUAUUGGCUCAAGAGAUUCUCAAAAUACAAGCCUGAAGAGGUUGAGCUGUUAUGGGAUGCUGAAAAGAGAACCGCAAAAGCGUUUGUGACGUUCAACAACAGUUUGAUUGGUUUGAAAAAUGGUAUGGAGUUUGAGAAAGCUUUUGGAGCUGAAAAUCUGUCUGGUUCAAGAAGCACGCAAAGGUAGAGGAAAUGGGUGAUUUGGAGGAUAUGAUUCAAACUCUUGUGGUUAAGGAACGCGAAAGUAACGAUGAGUUGCAAGAAACACGCAAAGAGUUGAUUAAGGUGUUUAAGGGCAUGAAGGGUAUGUUUAGUGGACAUACUAAUAUAGGGGUGAAGAGAAUGGGAGAAAUCGAUUCGAAACCCUUCCUCGAUGCCUGCAAGGUGAAGUAUGGCUCUGAAGAAGCUCAAAUCAAGGCCUCUGAGUUAUGCUCUAUGUGGCAAGAGGAACUGAAAAAUCCAGCGUGGCAUCCGGUAAACGUUGCUGCCAUAGAUGGUGCACAUAAGGAAGUAAUUAAUGAAAAUGAUAAAAAGCUAAAAACUCUUAAGGCAGAAUGGGGUAUUGGAAUCUUUGAUGCAGUGGUUGCUGCAUUUAUGGAACUGAAUGAAUACAACCCCCGUGGUAGAUAUGAAGUUAACGAACUUUGGAACUUUAAAGACAAUAAAAAAGCUACGUUAAAGGAGGUUAUUAGCUAUAUCCUCAAGAAUUUGAAGAGCCUUAAGCGCAAAAGAGGCCACGAUAACUGAGCUGGCGGUUGCACAAUAGCAAUCAUAAAGUAGUAUAUCCCUCCUUUCCUUCUGAACUAGUUUUUGGGCCUUUGGGCAUCCAGCAAUCACUCUAUCAUGGCCACUUGUCUAAUCUGCCCAUUUUUGGCCCCUUAAUGGCAAUAGAACUUGCUUAAAAUGGCUGCUUUAUAUACUCUAAUAUAACCAAUAAUAGUAUAGGAAAGC